AUGGGUAUAUUUCAUUAGAGGCUAUUCGGUCAAAUUCCCCUUCCUUCUUCAGCGAUUGACGUCUUUACGUCGCCAAUAACCGCUCCGUUGUGAAAUGUUCUCUCGCCGGUUACCAAUUCGCCGAUCACUUUGAGGUUCUCGUUCUCCUCCAAAGUCUCUCUCUUUAUCCAAUCUCUACUUCUUGCCGGACCUCCAUGUCUCUGACUUUAACGGUGCUAGCACAAGCCACAAACUCCAUUAAAGGCAUACUACUAGUUCAAGCUAGGAGUCUAAUAAUUGAGAGAGCUAUUACUUUUUUCUUUUGGGUGCUCCACUGGAAGUGAUAGCAUACUUGAAGCAACCAUGUCUGCUACCAAGACUCGCACAAGCAGCUUCUCUCGCAAUGUUUCUGCUUUAUCCUCCUCUCAAACCCCAGGACUCAAGCACGGACCCAAUGGCACAGCCUUCAUCUCGUCUGGCAUACCGGACCUUGACAGGAUUUUAGGUGGAGGCUUUUCUCUGGGAAGCCUGGUCAUGGUGAUGGAAGAUUCAGAAGCACCUCAUCAUAUGCUUUUGCUGAGGAAUUUUAUGUCUCAGGGACUUGUUCUCAACCAGCCACUUCUCUAUGCAAGUCCUUCUAAAGACCCAAGGGGAUUUUUAGGUACUUUGCCUAGUCCCGUAUCAUCCAAAGAUGAUAAGUCACAUAAUCGUGAUCCUGAUCAGGAGAAGGGGUUGAGGAUAGCUUGGCAAUAUAAGAAGUAUUUUGGUGAAAAUCAACAGAAUUUUGAAAUUCAUAAAGAUGGUAAGUAUGAGUUCUGCAAUGACUUUGACCUGCGGAAGCCCUUGGAGAGGCAAUUUCUAACUGGCAAGCAUAUAGAUUGUGUUAGCAUUCAAGAUUGUCGAAAUCUAGUUCCUCUUCGGGACCAUUGUGCCAAAUUUUUAUCUCAAUUUCCUAGGAAUGAUGGCGGUGUUACCUGUGCUGGUCGUAUUGCCAUUCAAUCACUGUGUGCUCCACAAUGUGAAUAUUCCAACGCUGAGUGGGACAUUCUUUCCUUUGUUAGAUCUCUCAAAGGCAUGGUACGGUCAUUAAAUGCAGUUGCUGUCAUAACUUUUCCACCAUCUCUUCUGUCUCCUUCGACCUCAAAACGGUUGCAGCACAUGGCAGACAUCUUGCUCUCUGUCAAAGCAAUUCCAGACGAGGACAAAGAACUUGCAAAACUUCUCACUGGUUACCAGGACAUGGUUGGUCUUCUUAGUAUUCACAAAGUAGCCCGUUUCAAUACACAGGUUCCUCUGAUUCUUGAUACAACAACAUUCUCAAUAAAGUUGCAAAAGCGGAGGUUUUUGAUUUUAGAGUGUCUAAAUCAGGCCCCUAUUGAUGGUUCAAGUGGGAGUUCAUAUGGCACAUCUGGUAGUUGUUCUGGGUCCUCUAAAUCUGGGAGUCUUGAUUUUUAGUUUUUUAAUUUAGAUCGACUGCAAAAUAUUAUUAUAGAGAAGCAAUUCAGCUGCUGAUUCCCCAAGAUUCUUUCGGUGUUGCUGUAUCACUUCAAGCAUUUAUUGAUCGUUUUACGGUAUAAUACACACGAUCCACUAGGAAUAUACUGCAUUAAAAAGGACUUUUUCUUUUU